UACACUCUUAAUUCAGCCGUUAAUAUAAAGCCCGCCAUUUCUCACUUCCUCCGCAUUUCACCAAUGAGGAGAAAUAAGAAAAAAAAAGUCCAAAAGAGAGAAAAUCAAGAAACCAUUUGAGCCCAAAUCAGCCGAAAGAACAAAAACAAGAAUGAGUAACGGUGACCAACAACUCAGAGACCAUGAAACAAUCAACUGCGGGGAAGGAGAAGAGCUCCAGGAAUCGCCCCUGGACCUCUCUCUCCUCCGCAUUGACAGCUUCAAUAAUGGCACCACCACUGACGUCAGCAACACCCACCGUAACCACCGCUCUUCUUGCACCUCCUGCGGCGGGACUGGUUAUAUUAGUACUACUUCCAAUCCCAUGAAACGUCCCUCGCCUGAGCCACUCCCGGAGCCAAAGCCCAAGAAACUCGUCUUGGACCGCAGCCAUCCUCUCUUUGGCUUCUCCAAGAUAUCUCUCCCUCCACCACCAACUCAAUCUUUACCUAUCCUUCGACGCAGCGUUUCUGAUCCUUCCAGCUCUCCGGGGACAUACACCCAGUCGCCGCCUGGGAAUGCCAACAUUGUAGGGGAGUCACCAUUGUCUAAAGGAAGUGCCUCUGCGUCUGCUUUGCCUCCAAAGGCGCCUGUGCUGAGAAGAUCAGCUUCCGACCCGUAUCCUUCCCCAGGCAGGACAUGUAAGGAGGAAAGUCCUAGUGCUAAGAGGCUGAAGAGGAUGGAAGAUCGCAUGAGGGAAAUGAGCAAGUGGUUCCAUGAUGCAAUGCGUGAAGAUGAAAAUAUGGUCUGCGCUGAAGAGGCAACAAAGGAUGACUAUGAGUUAGAAUGUGAAGAAGAUGUGAGCGUAGAGAGAGAAGGGGAGUGUAUAGUCAUCUGUUUCAAGUGCCCCUGUGGCAAAGGUUAUAAAAUUCUUCUGUUAGGAGGAGACUGUUACUACAAGCUUAUCUAGAUUUAACUGGUAAUUAGCUCCAAAUGCUGACAUCCGCCACUGAUUGAGUUUCCAUCAAUUUUGGCCUAACAUUUGUUUCAUAAGAUUGUCUCAGCCUCAAUUAGGAGUUAGUCCCUUAUAGGCUUUUGUUUUUAACUUUGUUUAACUCUCAUGUAGAUGAUGAUACCUUCAUCAUCAGUCUCAGGCAGAGGCCAAUUGUCCUUUACAGAACUGAUCAUUUCUAGGCCAAAAUUAUUUUCAUAAAGCUCAGAAUCAAUUACAUGUGAUGUUGUGGAGAUUAUAGAAUGAGCACAUUGCCGAAGAAUGUAAUAAUGGAGGGUUUCUGGUUUA